AUGGACGACAGCCUCUACGACGAGUUCGGCAACUACAUAGGCCCAGAGCUCGCCGACUCCGACGCCGAUGACGACUCCGACGCCGGCGGCGCCUCACCGUCCCCCUCCGCCUCCGGCUCGCCGUCCCCCGCGGCACGCUCCCCAUCGGGCUCCCCCUCCCGCCCGGCCGCGCUCAUGGACGUCGACGACGACGAGGGCGACCCGUCCCAGCAGGCCGUGGUGCUCGCCGAGGACAAGAAGUACUACCCCACCGCCGAGGAGGUGUACGGGCCUGGCGUGGAGGCGCUCGUCAUGGACGAGGACGAGCAGCCGCUCGAGAUGCCCAUCAUCGCGCCGCCCCGCGUCGUGAAGUUCGAGGUCGGGACCCGCGCCGCGGCCACGUCUACCUACGCGUCCACCGACUUCCUCCUCGGCCUCGCGGGCAACCCCGCGCUCGUCCGCAACGUCACCCUCGUCGGCCACCUCCAGCACGGGAAGACGGUGUUCAUGGACAUGCUCGUAGAGCAGACACACGAAGUGGACACCUUCGACUCUGAGGGGGAGCGCCAUGUGCGGUUCACUGACACAAGGGUGGACGAGCAGGAGAGGCAGGUCUCCAUCAAGGCUGUGCCAAUGUCGCUUGUUCUCGAGGGGGGAAACGGCAAGUCAUACCUGUGCAAUAUCAUGGACACGCCCGGGCAUGUCAACUUCUCAGAUGAGAUGACUGCGGCACUGCGGCUUGCGGAUGGGGCUGUGCUCGUUGUUGAUGCUGCUGAGGGAGUAAUGGUUAAUACUGAGAGGGCAAUUCGUCAUGCAAUCCAAGAAAGGCUUCCAAUUGUUGUUGUGAUUAACAAGGUUGACAGAUUGAUAACAGAACUAAAGCUGCCCCCAAAUGAUGCAUAUUUCAAGCUGCGGCAUACUCUAGAGGCAAUUAAUGAUCUUAUCUCAUCGUGUUCAACUACAGUAGGUGGCACUCAGCUGGUGGAUCCUGCUGCUGGAAAUGUAUGUUUUGCAAGUGGUGCUGCUGGCUGGUCUUUUACCUUACAAUCUUUUGCCCAUCUUUACUUAAAGAUUCAUGGGAUUCAAUUUGACCAUGAGAAAUUUGCAUCUCGCCUAUGGGGAGACCUGUAUUUUCACCCUGAUUCUAGAACCUUUAAAAAGAAGCCGCCAAAGGAAGGAGCUAACAGAUCAUUUGUUGAGUUUAUCCUUGAGCCUCUGUACAAAAUUUAUAGUCUGGUUGUUGGUGAGCAAAAGGGGAAUGUGGAAUCAAAGCUUGCUGAAUUGGGUGUCACGCUGAGCAAUGCAGCUUAUAAGCUUAAUGUUAGACCUUUGCUGAGGUUAGCUUGCCGCUCAAUUUUUGGCACUGCUACUGGUUUUACCGACAUGUUAGUGAAACAUAUCCCCUCAGUGAAGGAUGCUGCUGCAAGGAAGAUAGACCACAUAUACACUGGACCACAAGAUUCCUCUAUUGUGGAUGCUAUGAAAAAAUGUGAUCCCAAUGGACCCCUUAUGGUUAACGUAACAAAACUAUAUCCAAAGUCUGAUUGCAGCGUCUUUGAUGCCUUCGGACGAGUUUAUAGUGGCACGAUACAGACUGGACAGACUGUGAGGGUCCUUGGAGAAGGCUAUUCUCCAGAUGAUGAAGAGGAUAUGACUGUCAAAGAGGUGACCAAAUUGUGGGUUUAUCAGGCACGAUACCGUGUUGCAAUUAGUAAAGCCCCUGCUGGCUCUUGGGUUCUUAUUGAAGGUGUAGAUGCAUCAAUAAUGAAAACUGCUACUAUAUGUCCUAUGAAUAUUGAUGAAGAUGUGUACAUAUUUAGACCUCUACGUUUCAACACCUUGCCUGUUGUAAAGAUAGCAGCUGAGCCUCUCAACCCAAGUGAGCUUCCUAAAAUGGUCGAAGGUCUUCGUAAAAUUAGCAAGAGUUAUCCUCUUGCUAUUACCAAGGUUGAAGAGUCUGGAGAGCACACUAUCCUGGGGACUGGUGAACUAUAUCUGGAUUCCAUAAUGAAGGACCUCAGAGAGCUUUAUUCAGAGGUUGAGGUGAAGGUCGCAGAUCCUGUUGUUACAUUUUGUGAAACAGUUGUUGAUACUUCUUCUAUGAAAUGUUUUGCUGAAACACCUAACAAGAGGAACAAAAUUACUAUGCUUGCUGAACCAUUAGAGAAGGGCUUAGCAGAAGAUAUUGAGAAUGGUCUUGUUAGCCUGGAUUCAAGACAGAAAGAAAUUACUGACUUCUUUCGCCAACGCUACCAGUGGGAUGUGCUUGCAGCAAGGUCAAUAUGGGCUUUUGGACCUGACAAGCAGGGUCCUAACAUUCUUCUGGAUGACACACUUUCAAUUGAGGUUGACAAGAACCUGCUCAAUGCGGUCAAAGAUUCAAUUGUUCAAGGGUUCCAGUGGGGUGCUAGAGAAGGUCCUUUGUGUGAUGAACCAAUUAGGAAUGUGAAAUUCAAGAUCUUAAAUGCAAACAUAGCUCCAGAACCAUUGCACCGUGGUGGUGGUCAGAUAAUUCCCACAGCACGUCGUGUUGUCUACUCUGCAUUCCUUAUGGCUAAUCCUCGCCUUAUGGAACCUGUGUAUUAUGUUGAGAUCCAAACACCAAUUGACUGUGUGUCUGCAAUUUAUACGGUGCUAUCCCGGCGGCGUGGUCACGUAACAGCUGAUGUACCCAAGCCAGGCACUCCAGUAUACAUUGUUAAGGCAUUUUUACCUGUUAUAGAGUCUUUUGGAUUUGAGACAGAUCUCAGAUACCAUACCCAGGGACAAGCCUUUUGUCUGUCAGUAUUCGAUCACUGGGCUAUUGUUCCUGGUGACCCCUUAGAUAAGAGUAUUGUCCUUCGCCCCCUGGAGCCAGCACCUAUACAGCACCUUGCCCGUGAGUUCAUGGUAAAGACCAGGCGAAGGAAGGGCAUGAGUGAAGAUGUUAGCAUCAAUAAAUUCUUCGACGAGGCCAUGAUGAAUGAGCUGGCUCAACAGGCUGCUGAUAUCCACUUGCACAUGAUGUAG